AAGUCUCCCUUUCUCCCUCCCCUCCUCCUCUCUUUCUCUCCCUGUCCAUUCCAAUCUUUCCCGUCCCCUCUCAUCGCUGUCUCUCCUCUCUCUGCACUGACGCUCCCGCACCUGCUUCUCCCCACUGCCCAUCAGACACCGAGUUAAGCCGCAUUCAUCCCGGGAAUGAUGUCCCUUUCUCCCAGACACUACGGGAGUAGCGGCCGGUGGAUAUCUGCGAAAAGCUAUUUCUGGUUUAUCGAAAAGGUUGUGGGUUGAAGGCAUGUGAAGACUGCGUUUGGGAUUAAAUGUUGUUUUUUGAGGGGUUCGUUUCGUCGCUCUCGUUCGAGGGAUGUGAGGCACUUCUCCACUUUCAUCUGGGAAGAGACUCAUCAGCAAACAGUCCCUACGGGACGCGGACGUGACUAUGUUUUCAUAACCCUAAACGGGAUGAAUUUUGAUAUUUAUUUGUGUAUUGGAGAUAAACAAAGUCUUAAUUUCUAAAAAUGGGAUUUACGUGGUCUCUUAAAAUAGCUUUGGAGAGUGCAAAUUGUUGUUGCAUGAUCGUGGUGGGAUGCUUGGAUGUGAUGGAGUGAGUGAGAUAGAGUGAGUGCACCGCUCGUUUAUCACCUAACUUCGGCAAAAUGAAAUCGCUCUUCUACAGCCGCUUCUUCAUUCUCCUGCCCUGGGUCCUCAUCGUCAUCAUCAUGAUCGAUAUUGACACCAAGAGGACACCCGUGCGAAGUCCAGUCCUGGGCCGCGCCGGGGGCGCACAGCGGCAUGACAGAACCAGACUUCCUCGGGCCAAUCGCUCCGCUCUCCCAGUAAUCUACGCCAUCACUCCGACCUACAACCGGCCAGUCCAGAAAGCUGAACUUACCCGGCUCGCUAACACCUUCUGCCAGGUUCCUCGCUUCCACUGGAUCGUAGUGGAGGACUCGAGCGUGCGCACAGAGCUGGUGGUGCGCUUUCUCUCCCACUCCGGGAUGCCAUACACACACUUGAACAUCUUUACGCCCCGCCGGUUCAAACGGACCGGGAUGCCUCGUGCUACUGAGCAGAGGAACACGGCUCUAUCAUGGCUACGGUCACAUCGCUCUCGGAAGGACGUUGGGGUAGUAUUGUUCGCAGACGAUGACAACACAUACAGUCUGGAACUGUUUGAAGAGAUGCGUUCAACACGGGGUGUGUCAGUGUGGCCAGUUGGGCUGGUCAGUGGGCGGCGGUACGAGCGUCCCAUAGUGGAGAAGGGCAAAGUGGUGGGCUGGUACACUGGCUGGAGGCCCGACCGUCCCUUCGCUAUCGACAUGGCAGGUUUUGCAGUAAACCUCCAGGUGGUUCUGGGGAGCCCGCGGGCGCUGUUUAAGCGCAGGGGUUCCCAGCCCGGCAUGCAAGAGUCUGACUUCCUGAAGCAGAUCACGAAGGUGGGAGACCUGGAGCCGAAAGCCAACAACUGCACAAGGGUGUUGGUGUGGCACACUCGUACAGAGAAGGUGAAUCUGGGCAACGAGCCCAAACAUCGACAGGACAGUAUGGUCAUCGAGGUCUAAGGGGCGUGAUAACCAGAAAGGAAUUAACAAGCCCAUUGGUCGGACAGACUGCCAGUAAUUUAUGGAACUACACUACCGAUAGCACAUUGCUUGACCAUAACCUUGACUACACUACAAUGGACACUUUAGACCAAUUGCAUGGAUGGGAACUGCUGCCUGAAUGUUGUGAUUGACUCAAUGAGGUCCCCGAUUAAUUUGUAACUCAAAGUGGACCCAAAUGCACUGGGGUGACCUGUGCGUUCCCAGUGGACUCUGCUCUUGUACUGCAAUAUGUGGACCAGUCCCUUAUGAGUGGACUUCCUCUGAAGUAUGUGGGCUAAACCUGUCUGUCUGUGUUUGUGUGUGUGUGUGUGUCUGUCUGUCGGUCUGUGCCUGAUCAUUGAGCAUGUGAGUUCAGUUUGUAUGAAACGGAACAAGAUUUGUGUUCAGUAUGUGUGUUUAUCUGUAAAAGGAAGUGCGAAGUAGAUCACUUGCUGGGUGCCGAUGAACGGUGGACAUUCAUCAUGUUGAAUAAUUGAGAAAUGACCAGAAAAUGCCAUCUGAUGUUCUAUAGUCAUAGGUGACAGGACAGCCACCAGUUGUGUACUGCCAACGUUAAUGUUGGUCUUCUUGGCCUCACGUGUCUGUGGGUCUGACACACUGGACUACAAAGAACAAACUCCAGGAGUACGACUUCUAUUCCAAAUGAACCCUCUUGUAAAAGAAGGAAAAAGAAAAGAAAAUAACCAAAAGAUAAACUACAACUUUACAAUAAAAGAGUCAUUGGAUAAAAAUGGUCACACAGUUCAUGGCUAUUCACUGUUUAAUGCACGGAAACUAGUUUUCUCUGUACUAGGCAGCAGAAAAUGUAAACACCAUUAGAAAAAAACCUGGAGUACGCGCUGUGUGUUCUCAUGAGCGUAUAUAUGUGUGUGUGUGUGUUCUCUUUCGUUAUUUUUUUGGCAGAGGGAUAGAAUCUCCACCUUAGAACCACACUACACAAUAUCUGUGUGUGUGUGAACGUCUGGGAUUGGGUGUGUUUGUUCUGUUGUAGUUUUGUCCCAUAUUCCCCCAUCUCCUAUAGUAUUUAUUCACUUGGAUUUCCUAUUCCACCUCUAUAUAAUCUAUUGAAUGACAUCAAGCAGGAUUAGACAGAGAUUAUGACAUAAUAGAGACCCGGAAGUACACAUGAUGUUGAGACGACCGUUCCAAUCUCUGACAGCUCCAUUAGGCUCCCAAUGUCAACACACUUCCUGAAUCAUCUGGAGCUUUAUGUCGUCACUACUAUCAUAUCUUUCCUCAUACCAUUCUGGUCUCCUUCCCCACCCAUCCCUUGUUAGCUCCUUGCCCCACUGACUGUCUUCCAGGUUUGUUUGCCUCAAUCUAAUGUCUGAUUCACACUCUAUGGCCGAGCCGAACCAUACUGCGCCGGCUCAGAUAUUGUCUUUUCACAUUGUCAUGUCCGGCACGGUCCAGCACGGUUCUAGCAACUAAUGUGAACACGUAACACGCUCAUUUGUGUGAAUCAUGCAUAACAUUUGCGUCGUCUUGUACUGCACACAACCAAACACCACAGUAAGAUAGGGGACAGCAGAACACAACAUGACUGGGAGGGAUA